AUGGAGAUGUCCAUUGCCAAGGGAGGCAUCACAGCACUUCUCUGCUGCUGUCUGCUCAGCUCUGCGUGGGCUCUGGUGGACCCCGACGAUGUUCUCACAAAGGAAGAGCAGAUCUUCCUCCUGGUGGAGGCCAAGCAGAGAUGCCAGAGGGACAUAGAAGCCCAGCUGGAGACGAUCCAAGACUCCAGCUGCCUUCCGGAGUGGGAUGGGAUCAUCUGCUGGCCAAAGGGCUCCCCGGGCCGGGAGGUGUCUGUGCCCUGCCCUGACUACAUCUAUGACUUCAACCAUCAGGGUCAUGCCUACAGGUACUGCAGCUCCUGGGGGAGCUGGGCCAUGGCUCUCAGCAUCAACAGGACCUGGGCCAACUACACUGAGUGUGCUCUGCUCUUUUCCUCCCAGAGCCGGAGCCGGGAGAAGGAGGUGUUUGACCGCCUGCACCUGAUGUACACCAUCGGCUACUCCAUCUCCCUGGCCUCCCUCGUUGUUGCUGUCUGCAUCCUCUCGUACUUCAAGCGCCUGCACUGCACACGCAACUACAUCCACGUCCACCUCUUCACCUCCUUCAUCUGCCGGGCAGUGAGCAUCUUCAUCAAGGACACGGUGCUCUACUCGGGUACCAUGGCCACGGAGAUGGAGAAGAUGCAGGAGGAGGACCUCAGGGUGGAAAUGGAUCCUUCCCCAGGACACCGGAGCCACAUGGUGGGCUGCAAGGUGGCAGUGACUCUCUUCCUCUAUUUCCUGGCCACCAACCACUACUGGAUCCUGGUGGAAGGGCUCUACCUGCAUAGCCUGAUCUUCAUGGCCUUCCUCUCCAACAAGAGCUACCUGUGGGUCCUCAUCAUCAUCGGCUGGGGUCUCCCUGCUGUGUUCGUGUCCAUCUGGGCCAGUGUCAGAGCCUCCCUGGCUGAUACUCAGUGCUGGGACCUCAGCGCAGGGAACAUGAAGUGGAUUUAUCAGGUCCCCAUCUUGGCUGCCAUUGUGGUGAACUUCUUCCUCUUCCUCAACAUCGUCCGGGUUCUGGCCUCCAAGCUGUGGGAGACACACACAGGGAAGCCGGAGCCCCGGCAGCAGUACAGGAAGCUGCUCAAGUCCACGCUGGUGCUGAUGCCCCUUUUCGGAGUCCAUUACGUGGUGUUCAUGGCCAUGCCCUACACGGAGGUGUCCGGGGUCCUGUGGCAGAUCCAGAUGCAUUACGAGAUGCUCUUUAACUCCUCGCAGGGUUUCUUUGUGGCUUUUAUCUACUGCUUUUGCAAUGGGGAGGUGCAGGCAGAGAUCAGGAAAGCCCAUUUUCGGAGGAGCCUGGCGCUGGACUUGAAGCAGAAGGCUCGUGCCACCAGCGCAGUGGGGAGCUACUGCUAUGGGGGGCUGAGCUCCCACCCCACCACCAGCUUCAGCACCAGCCUGGGGGGGCGAGGAGCAGGGAGCACCCAGCAGCGGGGGCUGCUGCUGCCCCAGGCCAGCAUCCCAGGCUGUACCCCCAGCUCCUUUGCCUCCGAUAACUUUGUGCCCUGUGUGAGCCAGAGACCUGGUGGGGAGAGCACAGGGGAUCCAACAGAGCUGGAUCGGGGUCACCCCAACCUCCACAAGGAGCUGGAGACAAUGCUGUGA